CACGCCAAACAUUCCCUUAGCAAACACCACCACCUACCCACCCUUCUCUCUCUCUCUCUCUAACUGCUUUACUAUUUUUACAUAUAUACCCCUCUCUUCAUUCCCUAGCCUUCAAGCUACUCCUCACUCACUCACAUCGCUCUCCUGCUCUUUCACUACAACUCUUUCAUCUUCUUAUCCCCAAACAAUGAAGUGGGGCGCGUCGUUACACGCGUUCCGUUAUGCCCUAUAACUGUUUGUUAUCGAAUUUUCAUGGUCCCUUGUAGGAAAACCGACUUCGCUCCCCAGGAGUUUAAUUGGGUGCUUUUCUAACAAUUCUGAAUCUUUUUGUGUCUACCAAUAAGUAUAUUCCACGUCAGCGCUUCUCGCACGAUGUGGGUUUGACUCGUACUGUGGAAUGCGAUCUCACGAGUCUAGGCCGUAGUUGAUUAUUACCCAGCCCCGCUCAAUUUGCGAAUUGCAACAGAUUUAAUAGCUGUCUGUAGCUCCUUCUCACUUUUGCACUCUUCUUUCCCUCUCUCUCUCUCUCUCCUUCGUCUCUGGGUUUCAACAGAAAAGUCAGGCUUAAGAACUAUUUCUCGGUUCUCCGGAGCUGCUUUAACAUGGAGAAUGAAGCGUAUUCUCCUUCAUCGGAGACAAAUACCGCGUCCCCAAACUCACCACGUUUCGCCAUGGCGGUUGGCUCAGUAACUCACCAGAAUUUCACUGACAUAUCGCCAGAAACCAGAGACUUCGGCGCCGAGUUCUUCUCAAUGUACCGCGCCAUUUUUCAGCCGCAGUCUCCACAGAUUCCGAGCUCCCUCUCUCUCACUCCAUCUACCAGAUCCUCCUCCGUCGGUGGCGAUGACGACGAGAACGCCACUGAGCGUCGCCUAAAUCAAGCUCGCCUUAUCCUCGAAAGCAAGGAACUCAACAAUCACUACGACCUCAUCCAAGCGCACCUCCAGGACCUUAACAAGGAGGUGGACUUCCUCCGUCAUGAAAAUGCCGAGCUACGAUCGAUCAACAGCGAGUUGCUCAAGCUUAUUUCUUCGCCGACGGCCUUUCGAGGCUUCCUACUCUCUUCCACUAAUCAAUCUCUCAUCGAAAGCUUUCGUAGCCUUGACAUUGGAGGUCUCAGUAGUAAUACUACUACUACUACCACAAAUAAUACUAAUGACAGCCAUGGCUUGGACGAUUUCUCUGACAUCAGUCCAACGAGCGUGAUGGAGACCAACCGAUUCGAGAGGCGGAAUCCAGAUCAGCGAGUCACUCUCCCUAAAAGCAUUUCCGUCCGAUCCACAGGUUACCAGAAGAUCAAUCCUGGUUUGAGCCGAGAAGGUCCAAGUCGCACUUCUACUAAGCCAAGAACACCGAGUCAAUCAGUAUCCGGAACGCAAAGGGUGUAUGUGCCUGGAGUAAGCGAUAGUAGUGGUAGCAGUAGUAGUGGGAUCCAGAAGGAUGAGCGAGAGAAUCUGUCCGGGUUGGAACUGGAGGUGUACAACCAAGGAAUGUUCAAGACGGAGCUCUGCAACAAGUGGCAGCAGACUGGGGCGUGUCCGUACGGAGACCAUUGUCAGUUCGCCCAUGGCAUGGCGGAGCUCCGACCCGUGAUCCGACACCCUCGUUACAAGACAGAGAUUUGCAGAAUGGUUCUGGCUGGCGAUCGCUGCCCUUACGGCCACAGGUGCCAUUUCCGUCACUCGCUCACCGAGCAGGAGAGGUUGAUGCUGCCUCAUUGAUCAUCGUACAUGGAAGUGAAAUUAUACCGUUUAGCAGGCAGAUUAAGGCUCUCAUUAAUCUCAUCGUCAUCCCUCCCUACUAGUCUUGAUUAAUAUCGAAUCAUAAAUUGGGUUUAAUUCAUUCAAUAAUGCUGAUCAAUCUGAUGAACUGUGAUAAUUGGGGAAUAUGUAUAUAGAAACUUAAUGAUCAAACCGUGAUUAAAGCAAACGCAGGUACAGUAACUAUGAUAUGGAAGGAUACAGUUGUAAUAAAUUGAUAAGAGAGAAGAAAUUAAGAUGAAAAUAUUUGUUUGGUUGAUGUCGGGGGUUUAGAAAUAUGGAGUGUGAACGAAAGAGCUGAAUGUUUGUUUUUACACAUUUGUAGGACAUGAGCGAAAUUAAUCAGAAAUAUUAUUUUGUUUUU